UCUACCUAACAAGCUGUUUUGCUGCCCCAAAAAUUCCUAUAGAGAAAUUUUCAGAGAGAUUAUUUUCGGGGGGAUUGAUUGGGUUGCUGAAGAGCAUUUCAGAGGUAUAUCCCUCUUCCCCCACUGCCCUACUACCCCUACCCAAAUUGAAAGCGGCUUGCUGAUCCCAUAUUCGUUCAAGAUUCAAUUUCCAUACGCAAAACUCAAGAAUUGUGGAGAAGAAGCGAAAGAAAAUGGAAGCAGUAAUUCCAUUAUCGUUCAGCGAUUUCCCCGAGGACGUUCAGCUCUGCGUGCUGUCCUUCCUCCGCCCUUCUGACCUGGCGGGGUUCGCCUCCACGUGCAAGCGUUUCCUUUCCCUCUACCGCCACGACCAGCGGCUUUGGUUCUCCAUGUGCCACCGCCGGUGGGGUUCUAAAACCCUAAUCGACAAAUGGGGUAGUGGCAGAAUCUCCUACAAACACCUCUACCGCAUCCUCGACGAAUACGAGAACCUCAUCGGAUUCUGGCGCCGCUGCGGCGGGGACGCCGCAUCGUCACCCCCGCUCGUGUUCUUUGAGUGGGGCCCGUUUUACAUCACCGGUUCGAGGGUUUCGCCGUCGAAAAACAAGGGGUAUGAGGUAAUCAAGAAACCCUUUUUGUGGAUGAGCAUUGCCGGUAAUGGACAGCCGGUGAAUUAUCUUGAUCCGGACGGUAGAUUUGCGUUGACGGAGGAGAAUUUGUUGGACGAGUCAGGGCUUGUAGAGAAUGAGUUGAUUCAGGUAAAUGUUAGUUUCAUAGGUGAAUGCCAUGUCGUUGUGGAGGAAAAUUUGGGGUAUUCUGGGUUUGGGAGGGCUACGAGUUCAGGAAAUUUGAGAGCUGAGGAGUAUGAGAAUGUGUAUGGAUCUCCGCCUGACAGGCUGAUGACAGAGAUAUAUCAGUAUUUUGCUAAUAGGACGAGCCCUGGUGGUAAUGGGGCGUCAAGGAGGCAGAGGAGGAGGGAAAGGGAGAAACAGGGGAGAAUGAGGAAAUGGGAGCCAGAGCAUUUUGUCAAAAUCGUAAAUUGCUCGCCCAAACCUGCUCGGCCAUUGCAGGGCCUCUGGAAGGGUAUUUGUGAUGACAUGAGCUUGGAUUUCUAUCUGGUGUCCUAUGAUGAUGUUGGGGGCAUUGCUUGCCGAAAGGUUGGGGACUCUGAUAGACCCCUUACUUACCACGCCCCAAUAUUUUGGACUUCAAGUUCAACUUUUAUUGAAUCUCCAUUUUCUCCUGAAGAGGAUCAAAUAUACAAUUGUCGGUUGCAUCUGAGGCCACUGGCAGAAGCACAUCAAAGUCCUUAUUAUCCGUCAUCUUCAGAUGAUGGAGCUGUCUCCAGGAUGCUUUACAUCAACUCAAGCUAUGACUUGGUUAUCCCAGACUUAGCUGGGACUACUGUAAAUCCACGGCAUGUUGAGGGAAGGAUUUGGCAGUACAGAAACGGGACAUUUGGAUUUGGGUUUCUACGAGACAAUUACAUUAUAGACUUGAAGCACAUUGCAAAAAAUGGUCACAUUCUUGAUACAAUAGAACCAAAUGAUAGUUGAUUGUACCUCCAUAAACCAUCCCCUGUCCUCUCUGGGAUAAAGUUAAGAGAUAGAGGGGGAAAUUUCCUUAGGUAGGAUUACCAUUGUACAUACAGUAUUCUGAAAUUUAAUGUGGGUUUUGCCUUUAUGAUACUGUGUAAUAUGUAUUGGAAAAUAAAACAUUUAAUUGUUUCAAAUAACCUGCCAGUUCAGGAUUUGUC